AUGCCGCUCCCUUCGCCACAAGGUGCACCUGUUGUGGUCCUCUUGGGCCCGGUCGGUGUGGGCAAAAGCCUGCUGGCGACCGCCUUGGCUGGGCUUCCCCCGAGCAAUCGCAUCUUCAAAGUGGGCGAUUCUGCGCAAGCUGUGACUUUGGAGGCCGUCUGCCACCGCUGCAGGUGGUUCGGGCGUGCCUCUGAAGAGGAGUUGGUUUUGGUGGAUCCGCCGGGGGUCGGAGAUGGAGAGAAAGACACCACGCGCUUGGCGCAAGUGGUUCGCCUUCUUCGCGACCUUGGUUCUGUGAGCUUGUUUGUUGUGGUGCUGAAUUCGGAGCAGCCUCGCAUCGGCAGCGUGCUGGAGAACUUGCUUCGGCUCAUGGAAGAGUGUUUUGGCCGCCGCUUUUGGCGGCACGUGGCCCUGGUUUUCACGCGCUACUACACGGAUGCUCGCUCCGCCCGCCGGCGUGGCAGCAAGACCAAGGACAUGCUCCGAGAUGAGUUUUCCAUGGCGCUGGCGACGCAAUUCCCCCAUUCUCAGCAGGAGAGAACUUUAGCUGCAGAUCCAUUUCCCAGCUACUUCGUGGAUUCAGAGGCCGCGAUCAACAAUGAACUCCCCGAAGCAGAGCGGGCGGCAGCGCUCAUGGAGUUAGAACGGCUGUCGGUCUUUGCGCGUGCCUCGCCGUGUUUGCCAACCGGCACGGAUGACAACACAUCCGUUGGCUCGUCCACAGCCAGAGGAAGAGAGCCUGACACGGAGCAGGAGUGCUCCGAAGAUCACUUUGCCACUGGAUCAUGGGUUGAAAUUCAUGGCUUGGUUGGCACCCCAUCUCUCAAUGGCAUGCGUGCGCUGGUUGUGGAGUUCCAGUCUCAGAGGCACCGGUACACCGUGGAGCUCUCAAACGGUUCAAGAAAACUGAUCCACGCCAAAAACCUCCAGAGCAUCACUGAGACCAUGACUGAUCCUCCAGAAGCUCCGCAUUUGGCAUCGGGCAUGUAUUGCAGCAUCAGUGGCUUGUCAGGGGCAACCCAUUUGAAUGGGCAGAAGUGCUUGGUGGUUUCAAGGAAAGAUGGACGCUAUGAGGUUCAGCUGUUGGACGGUAGCUUGAAGAGCAUCAAACCAGUGAACUUGACUCCCCUUCCAAAGCCGCCUGUUGGCGAACGUGUGACAGUGAAAAAUGCCAUCGAAGGAGCCAUGGUGCAGCGUGGCCUUGAUUGGAUUUGGAAUGACCAGGAUGGUGGAGACGGUUGUGUUGGUCGCAUUCAAGCUAUUGAAGGCGACUGGGCCUGUGUCCAGUGGAAUAGUGGCCGCGCGAACAAGUACCGAAUCGGUGCUGAUGGCAGCUGCGACUUGAUUUAUGUGGAUGAGUUCAAGCAUGAAAAUGCUUGCAGGAAGGCUCUUCAACGUGGGAAGUCCCACGUGGAACCACGCCACCUGAGCCGCACUUUCGCCUAUCUCCAUGGUACCAGAUGUGCGAAUGUAGAUUUCUUUGAUAUACGAGAUGAGGUUUGUCAGGCUGUUGGCGGGUGCAAACAUGGCCAGCGAGUGCAAGUCAAGGGCAUGCAGGCUGUUGCGAUUGGAGUGGCCACCUUGCCUUCGCCUUUGCCUCAUCUUGCGCAGAAGCUCGAGAUGUUUUUCCAUGUGGAAAGAGCGGAGGGUGCUGGUAUUUUCGAUGAGGCAGAUGGCAUCCAGAUGCGAGUUGUGGGUCGGCAACGAGUCAGGGAGGCUAAGCGCCCCAUUGGGACCAACAACCAGGAGUUGAUGGAAGUUGCCAAGAUGGUGAAGCCAUCUUUCCAGUACAUGUGGGGCCCGAAUUCAUAUCUAGGAAUGACACUGGAGCGCUUUGAUGUCAGGGACGAGGUUUGCGUCAAAGUGGGUGGCUUCAAGCAUGGGCAGCUGGUCAAGGUAGCAGACAAGGUUGCUGUGGUAAUUGGGGUGCGCUUGAUGCGUGGCAUUCCCAAACUCUUUUUCCACCUUGACGGGAAGCCCGGUUCUGGCACCUUUGAUGAUUUGAGUACACAGCAAAUUGUACUGGUUGGAACGCGGAAGGUGGAGGAGACCGCAGAUGACUUCCUGGAAGAGCCGGCGCUAUCGCCUGAAGUCGAAGCACUAGCAGGCAAACUGGAGUGCACCUUCAGUUUCCCGCUUGGAAACCCGUUUUCGAAGCCUGCCCGCUUUGACAUUCGGGACAACGUAUGCAGAGCAGUGGGCGGCUUUUGCCACGGGCAGGUGGUUUCGGAUGGUGAUGGCGACAAGGCUGUUGUUGUGGGCGUCAAAAAAAGUGAUGGACGCCCACGAUUGUUCUUUCGAGCAGAAGGGAACCGGGGUGCAGGCCGUUUCAACCCAUAUCAUUUGUACCGUAAGGAGUUGAGAGUGGUUGGGAAGCAAAAGCUGCAGGAGGUGUCCCCUUCUGAUCCGAUAUUCCACAGGCCGGAGGAAGGAGCAAGGAUGGAGAAGUUGCUCGAAGCCUUGCUGGCUGGUGCGAAAAGGUCGCAGCAAAGAACCCCCCCAUUCUCAGCCCAGUGGCUUACCAAGUGA